AGGUAGUCCGAGUCGUUGUUUUUCAUCUGUUUACAUCCUACAAGAUGCCGACGCAAACGACUUGGACGGGGAGCACGUAUACCGGCGAGAUCAAAGAUGGCUGGUAUGACGGACCCGGGAAAUACGAGUUCCCGAAUGGCACCAUUUACGAGGGCCAGUUCCGCAGGGGCGAGUUCCACGGCGAAGGCACGAUGAUCUACGUGCACGGGGCCAAGUACGUGGCGCAAUGGGAGCGAGGCGUGGCCAUUUCGGGACAGUAUCUAUUCUGUUUGUUUUCGACAACGAUGUUCUUGACAUUCGUUUUCGUUCCUUCAAUAAAUUCGUAAAUCAAAAACUCGAGAAUAAACAAAUGCAAUUAUGAUACAAGAAUUUUCCAAGGUAUCAGUUUGCCGACGGGCUCGAGUUCAAGGACGAGAACUGGGGUUACCUGUCCGCCCAGGACCGCCGGUUUUUCAGCGAAACGAACACGGGUUUGAAGCCCGCAGGGAAGACGCAGCUGACCGAUGGCGUGUCCGUCGCGGUGCCACCAGGCAUGUACGACACGGGCGAGGGUUUCUACUCCGCGAAGGAGGGUAUCUUGUACGAUUAUUUGACCAUGAAACGCGUCCGACGGGUAAAAGACCCCAACGAGUCGAACUGGAUCAAGCAGCACUGCCGGCGCGGGUUCGGCACGCACGGGUCGGUGGAAGACUUUGGACUACACGAAGAAAUCGACGAAGAGGAAAUGUCGCACCACAGCGAGGAAGAGGCCGCGGCCGCGACGCAGGUGCAGGCCAUGUACCGCGCAAAGCAGGCGCGGAAGGAGACCGCCGCGAAGAAGGCCGCGCGGGCACCGACGGCAGUUACGGUAGAACCGAAGAAGGAGGAGUCGGCACCGGCAAGUAGCAGUGAGGAGGAUUUAGUCGCCUGGACCGCAGGGCUCGGUGCGGACGCAGACGCCGCCGCAAUCAAAAUGCAAGCCAGGCAACGACAAAAGCAGGCGAAGAAGCAGGUAUAGGUGGAUGUUUCUCGUUGGCUGUGAUUGUUGCUUUUUUGUUUUCGGCGCGUUGUACCUUACAUGAAAAUGUCAGUUGAUCAUGGAACACUUGUUGGCACCAUCACCACCAGGUCGAGCAGCGCAGACGAGAGCUGGAGGAGGCACAGCGUGCUGCUGCCAACGAGGAAGAAGACCUCGACAAGUGGCUUGCCGAUCUGGGCGACGAUGCCAAUUCCGCCGCAUUGAAAAUGCAGGCGAAACAGAGACAAAAGUUGGCCAAAAAGCAGGUGCGGCUUGUUUUUGGAAUCAAUAUGAGAUGUUUGACUUUUAGGCAUUGAAAGCGAAUGUAGGGAUCUGUGAGAAGCAGACUCAUGGAUGAAUGCACAGCGAACUCAAACUCAAUGGUGAAGGCAAUGUCUAUCACAAGACAACAUGAUCGCGAUGGGUUGUCUGAUACACAACAUCGCGAUGAAUCAAUUGCGCCACUUUGCGAAUAAAUCUUGUCAGGUCGAAGCCCGAAGGAAGGAAUUAGAAGAGGCACAGAAACUGGCGAAGGAGCAGGCCGAGGAGACGAAGGAACUCGACGCUUGGCUCCAGGACCUCGGCGACGACGCAAGUGUCGCGGCAUUGAAAAUGCAAGCAAAGCAAAGACAAAAAAUGGCCAAGAAACAGGUUUCGAUUUCUUAGUCAAGAAUGUGAAAGAAUGAUACAACUACCUACAACAUCUACAUGGUUGGUGUGAACAUCCUCCCUCGUUCUACUUGUAACUUAAUCCGUUCGUGGCUGAAAAUUUUUACAUCCAGAUGCGUGAUGCUUCAACUCUCAGGUCGAAGCCCGCAGAAAAGAGUUGGAAGCAGCACAGCAGGCAGAGCAGGAAGAGGGCGAGGACUUGGAUAAAUGGCUCGGUGAGCUGGGCGAUGAUGCAAACUCUGCUGCUUUGAAAAUGCAGGCCAAGCAGAGACAAAAAAUGGCGAAAAAACAGGUAGAGCAGUUUCGGGUUCGAUAGUGCAAAUUAGUUACAGAUACAGACCUGUGUGGUGUAUUCCUUUAUUCAUCUACCGUAGAUGAAAGGAUAAGCAGAUCACUCUGGCCGCCUGCAGAACCAGAGUACUACACUCUCACAAGUCAGCUUACCGUGGCUACUACGCCGUAUCAAAAUUCCCAUUGCGAAACUGACAUGGUCAGGUCGAAGCUCGGCGCCGCGAACUCGAGUUGGCGCAGAAAGAGACGGAGGCGAAUGAAUUGGACCAGUGGCUCGACGAGCUCGGGGACGACGCCAACGCCGCCGCCCUGAAGAUGCAGGCUAUGCAUUGCAAAAGUAUCGUACUAGUAAAAAUUGCAUCACAAAUUUUUGCAAGAAGAAAAAUGCAAUUUGUAAUGCUAUUUUACCUAAAGAGGGAUAUUUGUCAUGCACCAUAGCAAUUACUACGAGUGGGAUACUUUUGCACAGGAUACAGGCCAAACAGCGACAAAAGCUGGCCAAAAAGCAGGUGGACGCCCGGCGGCGGGAGCUCGAGGAGGCCCAGAAAAUCGCGCAGGAAGAUAUGACCUGCUCAAACGUUUUUACAAUCUCAAACGUUGAAAUAGAAUUUGGGUUUUGUAUUGCAUGAUGAGCAUGACAGACUCGGACAGCAUUCCACUUUCUGCAAUACAAAUUUCGCCAGAUUGUAGUGCGGAUUGGGACCACUCCACAACUUGUCAUGCGCAAUCCUAUGAGAGUUGGCUAGAUAUUAAUGCACUUCUUGCAACACAAAUUCCAGGUUCUAUUGUAACGUUUGAGAUUGUAACACCUGAGCAGUUUAUAGAAGAAGCCGCCGAACUCGACACGUGGCUGGCGGAUCUCGGAGACGACGCCAACGGAGCGGCCUUGAAGAUGCAAGCGAAACAGAGACAAAAAAUGGCCAAGAAGCAGGUACUGAUAGAAGAAACGAUGCAGCUCUCACCGUUAUACUGCAUUCGUUCUGAAAGUAAGUAAUAGAUCAUACGUAAAGCGCCUGCUCGACGACAAGGUUCUGUGUGGAGUUGUAGAAUAACAAAGAACGUGCAUUUACAACAUGUUGACCACAACUACAUAAAUUGAUUCUCAGGUCGAGGCUAGAAGACGAGAGCUGGAAGAGGCACAGCGACAGGCCCAGGAGGCCAAGAGCGAGGAAAGCGACCUGGAUAAGUGGCUCAACGAAUUGGGCGACGACGCAAACUCGGCUGCCAUGAAAAUGCAGGCCAAGCAGAGACAAAAAAUGGCGAAGAAGCAGGUGAGUACCGUCUUACGUGCGAUCUCUCCUUAUGAUGUUGAUCUAGUUGUGUCUUUUUAGAAAAAUUCUCUGUACCUCAACGCCUCGCAAUCACGACAGGUCGAGGCUAAACGGCGCGAAUUAGAGGAAUCGAAGCGACAGGCGGAGGAGGAAAACGCGGAGCUCGACAAGUGGCUGACCGAUUUGGGCGACGACGCCAAUGGGGCCGCAUUGAAAAUGCAGGCCAAGCAGCGCCAAAAAAUCGCCAAGAAGGAGGUGGAACAGAAACGGAAGGAACUCGAGGAAGCGCGAGCCAAGGAGGCUGCGGAAAAGGAGGCCGCCGAGAUCGCCGCCUGGGCGGAAGAGCUCGGAGACGAGGGAAACGCCGCUGCCGCGCGCAUGCAGGCGAAGCAGAGACAGAAGGUACUUUUGGGGAUUGCGUGAAUAUGGUUGCCUCAAUAAAAGUACGAUUUUGAAUUUUUUUUUUGCGCAAGUCCUGGCUGCUGUGCUGGAAGUUUACUAGUACUGACGUCGCAAAAAUGCGCCGUUCGAGAAAGGAACCUUUUAUUCGCCGGGAACGAAAAAGUUUACGCAAUUCCAACUAAAAUGAAACGCACGACAGGCUGCGCAGAAGGAGGUUGCGGCGAAGCGAGCGCAAAAGAAAGCAGCGGAGGAAGCAGCGGCCGCUGCCGGAGCCACGGAAGCCGCCCCAGCCGCCGAAGAACCCGCUGCGGACGCUGCACCGGCGGCGACGGAGUAAACAAGGAAGGUGCAACAUGUGAAACGACGCUUACGACGGAAAACUUUUGCUUUUCCUUUUUGUUUCUGUCCAUUCUUCCUGUCUUUCUGUACCGCUUUGAUCAUCAAAUUCCGGCGAAGAAUAGUUUGUCGUACUCACUUUGAUUUAUGAAACCUUGUUUACCUUUUGCUUUUUCACUCCGCAAGCCAGGCUAACGGGAUAGGCGUAGGGAGUUGAAAAAGACCAUCUUCUGCACCAGUGGUGGAUGGAAGGUGACGCGUAAACUACUUAUACAACAAAACCUUUGCCAAAGUAACCUCAUUUACCGUUUUAUCGCAUCGUGUAAAAAUUUUCUAUCUAGCAAUAUUGUUUUUGUGAUUGUCAACUGAAACAGUAACCUGUAUUUCUAGACGAGUUAUCAGAAGAUUGCAAGAUUAACUACGACGAGCAAAACUCAGUACCAUAUUGUAAUAUUCUAGCUGACAUGAAAGCAAAAGCUGAUUUUAGAAUCCUAUUUUCACAGCGACAGAGAGAGAUAGAAUCAUGAUCGUAACCUAAAUCAGUGUCCAAAAGCAACUCGAACUGUACAAAAAGGCUUGGAAAGUGCACGCAUAGAUACAAUAAGACCACAGUUAUUUCCUCGGUUUUGCAUCGAUGAAGUAGUGUUAUUCCAAACAGCACGCUUCAAUUGCAACAAGAGAUAUGAGUCUGUUGUGGUUCAGUGUACUCGUAGACGCACCGUCCGUCUCCAUCGUGUCGAGUUUUCUUCUGUACUAGUACUAGCUGACAGUGACAGCAUUGCUUCCCAUAGAAUUCGAACUGAAAACCAUCAUCCGAAUCUAGUACGCAGUAUCAAUCUUACGGCGGGCCGAGCACGUCUUUGCAGUACUAGUUGCUGCCACAUACUACAUUGUCGGUUCUGGUGCCCUCUGUAACACAUGCUCAGAAGAACGAGAGCUGUAGUCGUCGUAGUAGCCUCAAAACUCAUCGUCGUAGCUCCAAAGAGUAAAGAAGCUGU